CAUGCUGAUAUAAAAACAUCGAGCGAACAGGGCCCUGGUCAAUCAAAUGUUUUUUUACCAUUAUCAACCCCGCGUUCGAUGUCUCUCGGACGACAAAGAUUCUAUGCCGUCUGGCCAAUCCCAUUCAAGGUCAGUGGGGGCUCGGAUGCGGUUAUGGAACGUGAUAGGGCGGACGACAUAGAAUCUUUGUCGUCCAGGAGACAUCAAACACGGGGCAAGAAAGUGCCAGUUAGGAAAGCAUUUGUGUGCUGGACUGAAGCAGCCCAAAGCUGAAGAUGAGCAGCCCUGAGGAGCCUGUGGUGGAUGCUGCGGCCACCACACCAGAUCAGCCUCCACCAGCUGCAGAGGUGCCUCACACUGACCCUGUCACCGCCGGGGUCAGACCCUCCUCGCCGGAGCUGCAGGGCUCUCCGUCUGCCGACCUGCCAACUGGUGGUGCUGAGACCAUGGUGGGCAGUCCAAAGGAGGACGUCCGGGCGGCCGAACCCACUUCAGACACCUCCCUGCCAGCCGAACCCACCUCCGCUGCUGCCAGUCCGUCACCGGACACAGCAGCGCAAAAACGACCCGCUCCGCCGGCGGCCGCCGCUCUGGAUACGUUCAAACGACCUCUGGCAGCGGCGCCCAAACGAAAACGCUUCAGAAAGACUGUGUUGGACGAGGAUAACUUUAUCCGUGAGCUGGAGGGUAUCGUGGAGCGGGACUUCUUCCCGGACAUGCGCCGUUUGCGCGCGCAGAAUGACUACCUGUCGGCGGCGCAGAGCGGCGACACGGUGCGUCUGCACGAGCUGCGCCAGCGGUACGGCUCCGAGGUGCCGCGCCGGCCCGACACGGCCGCCUCUUGGUCCACGGACCCAGUCGGCACGCCCAGUCACUUCGACACGCCGCGGCCGGGCGACACGCCGGGCAGCUCAGCGGCGUCAGAGGCCGGCCUGGAGGACGACCCGGCCAAGCCGCUGUCGCUGAACCAGUACCUGGCCACGCACACCAGUGAGGAUGACGAGAGUUUCAGCGACAUGAUGUCGGAGGCGCGGCGGCGGCACCGGGUGCGCCACCCGUGGUUUUACGAGGCCGAGGCGGCGCACAACGACCGGCAGGAGAAGCUGCUGGAGCUGGAGCUGCCCUCGGUGGAGGAGCAGGCCGGAGGCGGCCAGCGGCCCGGACAGGUCGCUACCUGGAAAUACACGUCCGAGAACGACCUCAUGUACGUGCCGCGCGGCCUGGCGCUCACCGCGGCGGAGAAGAUCGAACGGGCCAAGCACGGCCAGGAGAUUCGGACAGAGAACACGCGCUUCCAGGUGACUCCUUUCAAUGAAGGCCAACAACGCGAGGUGCUCAAUCGUGUGGCACAGACUCAAUCUCGCCGGAAGGGUGGCAAAAUUGACGUGGACGGUCGUGAGCACGUUGAGCCGACUCGGCGGGGUCUGGUGCGGACCCCGUCACCUGCCCCUGGUGUGGACCAGUCUCCGCUGAUGACCUGGGGUCAGAUCGACGGCACGCCGUUCCGACUGGACGGUGGAGACACUCCAGCGGCGGCCUCCGCGCCCGCCACGCCCUCCUUCCGAAUUCUCGAGGCGUCUAAACGAGAGAAGCUGGCACACGAGCUGGCCGAGCGUGCCUCCUCGCGCCAUCGCGACAAAAAGGCGCGCGCGCUGGAGACGGCGCGUCGCCAGGCGCAGGCCGUGUCGCCGGCGCUCUCGGACAGGCUGGCUGGCAUGUCGCCGGCGGCGCGCAGGCUGGCCAAAGUCGGCCGGACCACGGACAAGGCGCUGCGGGCGUCCUACACGCCCAGCCCGGCGCGGCGGGCGGCGAGGUCCACCCCGGCCACCCCGACCCCGGCCGGCGUGCGACUCACCCCCGCCUCUACACCGACUGGGCUGUCAGGGAAGGCGAGUAUCACAGACGACCUGCUGCAGCUGCCGACCCGGCCCCGGGCCGCGGACUUCUUCACGUCAUGAGAAGGACGUGAGUCACUCUGGGGUGCACUGCUGUACUGUGUUAUGUACUGUGCUGGAUGGGAAGGUCUGUGAGGACUUUGUGUAAGAUCUUUCAAUGGCGCCGGUUUUAGAAGUCAAACGAUAGGUGGUUUGAGAGCUGGUGGGUGUGAUUUAGUGGAAAGCCGCUCGUCUGUUUUGUCGAUUGUGAGUUCAGGGACGCCGUUCAAGGCAGGAGCACCAACUGGUACGAGUAGGACACAGAGCGUCAUCUCUCCUUGAGGGCUAGGUGGUCGAACCUAAACCUUGUCUAGGUGGCGCUCAUGUAGCGUUGUGACUGCAUUCUAUCCUCCGGUUCCAAUUGAGGGUUUCUGAAGCACUUGUGAAUUGUGAUGACGCAUUGAGUGUUUUUGUAUUUUAUGUACAUAUGUGGUGUAUCAUAUCAUUUUGAUAUGCCGAUCUGUUGAUCUGUGCAAAGAUCACGGAACACAUGGUCGAUCCCUAUGAAUGAGGUCCAACUAAGGCUGGUACAAGAACACCCAGCGAUUAGUGCGUAGCAUGUUUCCGUUUAAUUGUCGAUCAUCCACGUAAACAACACUGUAUUGCAUUACUUUGUCACGGUGAGUCGAAUGGAAUACAUUCGAAAAGUACCCAA